AUGGCAGACAAGCGGCGAAGAAGGAGCUUAAGCAUGUUCCGCCAGAAACACGAGACUACCGCCCGUCCCAAUACGCCGACCAACCUCUCACACUCCGUCACCCUCGACAAUGUCAGUGUGUCGCCCACGGGCAAUGCCGAAUCCUCCAGCCCAAAGAGCCGCCCUCGAACCCUCCAAAAGCAAAACCGAGGAUCAGUCUUUGGCUCUCUCCGGUCCCUCCACUCCCUCGACGGAGACGAAAAAGCCGCGUUGACGCGCUCAGAUUCAAAAUCAUCCUCUUUGCAUGAAGAUCCGGACAUGCCCAAGCGAGGCCUGUUCGGCAAUACUGUCCUCCAUCAUGGAGAGAUCCAGGCUGCAGCAGGGAAUGUGUUCCGGAAGAAGAGCCAUUACGUGGUGUUGACCGAAUCCCAUCUCAUAAGAUUCCGCACCCAAGGUAAGGCUGCCGAGAUGUUCCCCAGCAUCCCAGCCACUAUCACCAGGACUGCAUCGAGAAUGUCCGUUAGCUCAUACACCGAAAUGCAACUUGCAGCCUACCAGGACAUAGCAUCCGGCAUUCCGCUGGACCAGGUUGUGGCAGUUUACAAGCUAGACGACGGACGGCCCUUCUUUACCGUCGAGGUCGCGUAUCUCGAUGAGCGCGGGAAGAAGUCCUCUGCAAUGCAGAUGCACUUUGGCGAGCCACGAGACGCAGAGCAGUGGACACAAAGGAUUCGCGAGGCAGCCCGUAAAGUCGCUGCGAAGUCGGAUACGAGCUUUAGCCGGAGCACUUUAGAAUACGUUGCUCGAAUGCUCGAGCGCGACCGCGACUAUGAUCCCGAACACUUUCGAGUCUUCAAGGUGGUCCAGAGAGCAGGGCCGAAGAGCGUGAGCAGGUCGUCAGCCGAGGACCUGACCAAGCUCACUUCCACUGUUUGCUAUCUGGCCAUCGGUCUGCAUAAGGUUCAUCUCGUGCCAUGCCCCCGGUCUAGCGCUCGAUCUUCGACCCCUUACUUUGGUGAGUUGGAGACAGUGCAGUCUUUCGGUAUCACGACUUUGAGUAGUAUCAAGUCUCAAGCUGAGGAGGACGCUUUUCAACUGACUUUUAAAUCUCCACUGAGACCGCCGCAUUCAGCGAGCUUGGCCUCCGCCAACGCCGCCGACAUCGUCCUGUGGCUGAGAUAUGCUGCAGAACAUCUGCGUCCCGAAUGGCUGCGGCAGCCAUUCAUCUUCGACGUCCCUGCAGCCUUGGAAGAUCAGGUGCAAUCGCCUCCAACCAUCGUCGAAGACUACAACUGUUUCGAUCGAACCUUGAUGGCCUACUGCGCGGGCUACGAUGUGGACUCGUCACGGAUAUGCUACAGUGUCGAUCACAAAUGUGAGGACGCGCCUCGAUUCCUCCUACUCCCGUCAAUAGACGGCGGCCCCUACACGACUCUGGAGCUUCUCGCAGUCUUCAAAGCUCUCAGAUACAAUGAGUCGUUUGCGAGCAUCUCCUUUGCCAAUGUCAAUUUGUGCUCUCUGCGAUACCUCUACGAUGUAUAUGCUACCGAUUUUGACAGUGUCUGCAGCCGCUCUGGCUCACCUGUCAACCUGGUAGGACACCACGAGCUGCCUGUGCUGUGUCAAGAAAUCCGAGCGCUUGCUAUGAAGAGCCGAAAACUUCGACGGCUUGAUUUUUCCACCGCCUUCCCGACGCUAAACGAGGGUGAGGAGGAGGCCGACAGCUGUUGUGUUCCAGAGGCGUUGGUGCCGCUGUGCAAACGCGGACUCACUAACGUGGACUGGAUUGUACUCAAUGGUGUCCGCUUGGCCGACUCGGACAUCAAUUUCUUAGUUGAUGCAGCUUCAGAGCGAACGUGCCAUCUUCGAGCGCUGGAGGUAGGAGAGUGCUGCUUGUCGGUUCAUGACGCAGAUGUGCUACUGUCGACGUUGGCCUUACAGGCUAACACCAUGGAGGUCAUGAACAUCUCCGGCGUUCAAGGGCGGUUCAGCGCCGAGAUGUUUCAGCGUCAGAUUGGAGCCUUCAGGUACAUCCGGCGUCUUGACUUAUCGAGGGUGCACAAGAACCAUGGACCUGAGCCACUCAUCCCUCCCGAGACUUUGAUGACCUGGCGCCUGGAAGCUCUCUAUCUUUCGCAAACGACGCUGAACCAGCAGACUGUAGAUUCACUGGCCGCCUACCUUGCUUGCCCGCGAUCGGAGAUCCUCCGAGAGCUACACCUAAACCAGUGUCAGCUCACUGGGCGAGAUUUGUCCAUCUUCUUUCGGUCCAUGACACGAGAACCUGGACAAGCGCGUGAGAUGCAUAUCGAUGCAAGUGAAAACAGGUUGAAACAGGGAAUGUCAAACUUGUCCAAGUCUAUCGCCAAUGGUCAAGGGCCCACGUCGCUGACCAUGCGGAUGAUGGACUUUGAGAAGGAGCACUAUUUCAGAGAGCUCAUUCAGGCCGUGACAAUGAACACAACCUUGAGAAGUCUCGACAUUUCGAAGGCUUCUCUGCCAUACGACGCUAGCACAGAGACGUGCGAAGCAUUACAAUACAUGUUUGCCACUAAUCGUACGCUCGAAGAGCUCGACAUCAGUGGCGAGCACGCGCACCUGGACGCGACGCGAUUCGGGAUCGGGCUCAAUAUUGCGCUUCGAGGGCUCGAGAAGAACCGAACGCUGAAGCUUCUUCGGAUCGAGCACCAGAGUCUCGGGAUGCAGGGCGCCAACACACUGGCCGAGGUGAUUGAACGAAAUAAGACGCUUUUGGAGAUCCACUGUGACUACAACGAUCUGAAUCUCCAGAGCUUCACGGUACUCGUCAACGCCCUGGAAAAGAACAGGAUGCUACAGUACCUGCCCGCUAUGGACGGAGACCGGGCCAAGUCGAUGGAGAAGGUGCGACGAGAAAUCGAGAUGGUGGACCGGGCGGAGUCACCGAAACCGACGCACCGAGGUGCAUCAUCAAUCAAGCGGAUGACCAUGGUUGGGGCGCUUGCAGGCCGUCGAGAUUCGCACAAGCGCGUCGCUUCAUCGUCGUCAUCAGCAUCGUUCACCGAUCAGGACAUUACAAUUGCGGUGACGGCACUCGAAGACAAGUGGAACGCCCAAACAGCUCGGUUACAGCAUUACCUUUACCGGAACUAUUGCCUUGCAAAUGGUUUUCCAUGGCAAGAGGACACGCCUCGAAUGCCGGCAGCCGAUAUGCGACCGGAAACUGCGUCAUCACUGCAGAAGGUAUUUGACAAGGUCAUGUUGAACAAUCGGACACCGACGCAGGAACGCGAUGCAUUCUUCGAUGCGCGGGACGAGAAGACUCUGGAACGAGAGACUGAGUCGGCGAUUUUUGAGCUUCGGAAGAAGUAG